AUGACGCAAGUCAUCAGCCAUGAUCUAAACGAGGUAUGGGAUGAUAUCAGUGAGUUCUUGGACCAAGAAAAUUUUCGUAUCGGUGAGGUCAGCCGGCUAGCCUACGGUCCACUCGAGACACCGACAUUAGGUAUUCAUACACGGACACCCCGCCUCUACGACGAGCCCAUUCGGGAGGCACCAGUACUGCCCCCCGCGCUGGCACCGAUGUUUCCUAACGCUGCAUUCUCAUACUCUGUCGCCAACUGUCGUCAAUCAUCUCCAACUGCCGCCACUUGCCGCCAACCGUCAUUUCCUAGUACCUACAGUACUUCCACUUGUGCUCUUGCCAACAACCACUGUUCACCGCUGCCGACAACUUCUACCGUUAUCCCUAACACUACGUACUAUCCAUCUGUUCCUGUCAAGGAAGAAUCACCACCGUCUAGUCCCGAGAUAUCAUAUCCUCAAUUCAUAGACGCCACAUAUUCACGAAGUCCUUUAGCGAACAGCCUGCCCGACUUGAAUCUACGUAAGCAACGACAUCACAAAACAAGCAGUGGUGAAGGUGAAAGUUCGACAGAAUCCGAGGAAAGCGACCAACCACGUCGAUUACGAAGAGGACGUGACUGUAAACGACUUGCUGUACAUGCUUGUCCAUAUGCUGGAUGUAUAAAAACAUACUCAAAGAGUUCUCAUUUAAAAGCACACGUACGAACCCACAGCGGUGAAAAACCCUACUGUUGCUCAUGGCAAGGAUGUGAGUGGAAAUUCGCAAGAAGUGAUGAACUGACAAGGCACAAGCGAAAACACACUGGUGAUCGGCCGUUCCAGUGUAGUCUUUGCGAUCGAGCAUUCUCACGUUCCGAUCAUCUCAGCCUUCACAUGAAACGACAUAACGUUGCUUGA